GCGACGACGAGGUAAGGUCGCCAUGCAUCGUGGAGCCGUUUCUACACAGGGCCUAUUUCCUCUGGUAUUCGCCGUCAGCGCUCCAUUUGUCCUGUCGCCGCUGCUUAACGAAAGUGCCCCGUUCCGCCUGGUCUACGCGCUGUGCUGCUCCGCGCUGCUGUACACAUCACGCGCCGUCCCGGUGCAGACGGUGGCGCUGCCAUCGCUGGCUCUGCUCCCGCCGUUGGCCUCCCCGGAGGCGUCUCGCGACGCCUGGCUGUCGGCGAUGCGGCUCGUGGCGGCGGCGCUGCUGUGCGGCAGCGUCACGGAGUCGAGCAGCCUGGUGGCGCGCGUGGCGCUUCGCCUUCUCUCCCUGGCCGGAGUGCGCGUGUGCAAGAUGGCGCUGGCGCUGGCCGUGGCGGCCGGACUGCUGGCGGUGCUGCUGAGCGCCGCCAGCACGGCCCUCGGGACCUUCUUCCUGGCCGCCGUCUGCUCGCAACUGACACGGUUGCUGCGGUCCGGGCCCCUCGAGGAAAUUCAGCGCCGCUGCCUCCUCCGCAAGGUGACGCGCGAGCUCGCGCCCACGGAGCGCCGCGUCCUGGCCCGGUUGAUCUGCCGCGAGCAGUGUCCGCUUCCAGCGCGGCGGCACAGAACCAGGUCACCGGACACCGAGCAGCAGGAAACUGAGGAAUCGAGCGGCCUGCUGCGCGGAUUCGACUUGAAGCCGGAUGUGAAGCAGCCGGCGGCGCACGCCAAGUCGGAUUCGAGAACUAAGUGGGCGCCGCCCAACCUAACGCCGCCAAUCCCUGGGCCCCGUCGCACGUCGCGCAUCAAGCUCCUGCUUCCACCGGAGAAGCCGACGGACGACGUGGCCUCGCAGCGGAUCGUCGCGCCGGGGGAGUCGUCGCCCGAUUGGAUCAAGCGCACACUCCGCGACGAGCACGCCGAGUUCCUGGAGCCGAUUGUGCUUGGCAACCCUCAGCUCAUGGAGAUAUACCUCUGGCACAGCUCGCGUUACACCAAGUUGGAGGGCUACCUGCUGUACAGCACGCUACUGGUGCAUUCUCUCGUCUCCAUGACGUCGUUCACGGGUAGCCCGGAGUACCGCCUCAUGAUCGACUACGAUCGACGGGUGCCCCACACUCGCCGCCUCAGCUCGGCCCAGUGGCAGUGCGUGGUGCUCCCCGCAGUGGCCGCCUCGUGCGCCGUGUUCGGUUACUACGUCGCCAGGGUGCUGCUCGAAAACUAUGACGCGGAAGAGGACUUCCAGUCAGCCAGGAUCUUUUGCGCUGCCGUCGCCGAGGCUGGCCGAAGUGUCGCAGCCGAAAGUUCUAGUCUGCGGUACACCACUGACGCGAAACAAACAUCGCUGCAGAGGUACUACGAGUUGUUCCCGCUUCUCUGCCUGGCCCUCUGGGUUAUGUUCAACAUUUAUCUCAGGACGUCGGAGGAGAAGCUGGUGACCGACUACGGGGUGCUGGUGCCGCUGCUAGGGUGGAUGUCGGUGUUCACGCAGCCGAGGGCGCUGGGCAGACGAGUCGCAGAGCCCGUGGAGCGUGUGGUGCGCACACUGCCCUGGGGCGCCCUGCUGCUUGUCGGAUGCCAGCUGGCCGCGCACGCCGCCUGGCCGAGCUUCGCCCCAGCUGCCGGCACGGCGUCUGUCCGGCUGGCCCACUCCCUCGGCGGUCAGAGGCCCGUCGUGAUCCAGCUGGCGCUCACCAGUGUCUCCUGUCUGCUCACGGAGUUCCUGGGCGCGCACCAAACCGUGGCUCUGCUGCUGCCCGCCGCGGCCAUUCUGGCACAGCAGCGCAAGUGCCCGUGGCCCUACCUGGCGGUGCCGCUGACUGCCGCCUCGUCCAUCGGGGUCAUCCUGCCGACGGCGUCCGUCACCAUGGCCAUCGUGCACGACCUGGCCAACCUGAAACCUGACGUCACGGUACUGCCAGGUAUCCUGACGAAGGUGUCGGCCAUGCUGGCGCUCGUGCUCGGAGCCAACACGUUGGGCAGCCUGCUGCUCGGCUGGACGAUACCGGUCGAGGUGGCCGACUACGGACUCAACGCCAGUGACCUGGUCGCUGGCGCUGACGGCGAGCACGGCGUCUAGAUUCGCCCCGCGGAACGCCAAGCGCGUCGCUUCUUCACCCACACAUGACGCGCAGCGAUUGAUGCAGCCAAUGACGUAUUCAGAUACGGUGUUUAUUGCACGCAAUACAAACUAUCCCAUAUAUUGGAAGCACCAGAUCUCAAAGGGACAAUAAAAGCAAACUAAAAAAGAAACUAGCUCAAUGAACGAAUGAAUG